AUGUCGAACGAAGCAGUGAUCAUCGAAGCUGAUAGCAACAGCAACAGUGACUACAGUCUACAAUUGAAUCGAUGGUUCUUGAAACCGAUUGGUGCAUGGCCAUCGUCUCCAUCCACCACAAGACUAGAAAAGAUAAUUUCGUUUCUUUUAAACACCAUUUGCUACAGCACCGUAAUUAUCACUGCGAUACCCAGUGUACUGCAAAUGAUUCUAGAAGACGAGAGCAUUAACUCGAAAUUGAAGAACCUAGAUUUCUUGAGUCAUUUAAUCGUCAGUAUCUUUACUUAUAGCGUGUUGUUAUUACACAACAAAGACAUACGACGAUGCGUAGAACACAUGAAAGCUGACUGGCGAGCAGUGACCAGAAAGGAGGAUCAACACGUGAUGAUGAAGAACGCGAAAUUCGGUCGUUACGUAGCAGCUUUCUGCGCAAUUUUUGUACAAGGUAGCGUUUUGUGCUUUUGUUUCGUGACGGCUCUAAAUACACUCGAGAUUCAAAUUGGAAACGAGACGAGAAUUUUACACGUGUUACCUUGUGCAGUAUACAAGAAGCUGGUAAACGUCGACGAAAGUCCAACAAACGAAUUCAUGAUUUUUUUGCAAAUUUGGUCUACUUUUAUCGCAAAUUGUAGUACAGUUGGGAUCUUUAGUCUUGCAGCAGUUCUAGCUGCUCACGCGUGCGGUCAGCUAAAUGUUGUUAUGUUAUGGAUUGUUGAAUUUGUCAAUGAAGCCACAGUAGAGAGCAGAACUGAUGAUCUCUUUUUAGAUUAUUUUUUUCUGUGGCUUUUAAGAUCAAUCAUUUGGAUUAUAUUAAAUGUUAAUUGCAGUUUUAUAUCGUAUAUCGAGGGUGUGAUGAAUAAAAUCUGUUUUUUGGAAAUGUUAAGAUGCACGAUGGAUAUAUGUGUAAUUGGCUACUUCAUUGUGUCGGAAUGGGCGGAGCAUGAUGUUCGAAAUUUGGCAUCAUAUGUAAUGAUGUUUGUUGCAAUCUGUUAUAACAUUUUCAUACUAUGUUACAUUGGUGAACUGUUAACGGAGCAGGUAUCAUCAACACAUUAACUCUCUAAUUCUAGAAUUAGCAGGGUAACCAAAGUUAAUAAUUAAUCGUUCUUAAUACAACCUUUAUAGAUUCAAUGGUACAUUUUCGGUGGUUUGAAUGGUUUUCUCAUGUGUCUUUUAUUUUAAGUUCUUUGCUACUUAUAUGUUUCAUACUUCGCCCUAGUGUUAGUAUGGAGUGAUAUAAAUGAAGCAAAUCGUAAUCGUGGUGAUUAAUUCAACAAAUUCUUAACAGUGUAAGAAAAUUGGCGAAGCCGUUUACAUGACGAACUGGUAUUACUUGCCCGGUAAAACAAUCCUCGACUUGAUUAUGGUCAUCGCACGAUCGAAUGUAGUCGUUCAAAUCACUGCAGGAAAAUUAGUUCAUAUGUCGGUUUAUACAUUUGGUAGUGUAAGUUUAUUCGAUACUCCUACUUAUAACUGUAUUGUUUGUUCACGUAAAAUAUUCUGCCAUUUCAGGUUGUGAAGACAGGUUUUGCAUACUUGAAUCUGUUGCAGCAAAUGACGUAAUAAAAUGGAAUCCUGGAAAAAUAUAUUGUGUUUUUAAUAAUUUAGUAUAUACAGUACAAAAUACACGUAAAUAUCGCAUAAAAUUUUGUACGUUAAGAAUUAACAGACUAGAAGUCGUAAAUUUCAAACAGAAAAAUUCUUUGUUUUUUUAACUUUGUUAUUUCCGCAUUUAAUUACGAUUGAAAUGCAUUAAUAGUGAGACUACAACAAAAUUUGAAACGAGAUCUAAUCACGAUACAGGAAUCUAUAUCUACGCAAGUAAAAUUGUCUCGAUCU